AUGAGGAGAAUUGCGGGAUUUGCCACUGUUCUUCGGCACUGUGAUGUUCGCCUUCGAAGGUGUUUCGGUGGUAAGUUGGGUUUGAAAUUUUUGAUUCCGCCUUUAGAUCAUCGAGAAUCGAAUGCAAUGCCGGCAGAAUUUUAUUCAGUGGAAUGGAGUGCUGAAACCUUCUUGAGGAAGCCAAAAUCGGAGAAGUGAAUAAAGUAAGUCAUUAAUUUCCAUUUUAUUAUUAGGUUCAGUUUUUGCAUAAAGAUGUCGUAUUUUAGCAGACUCCAAUUUUGGAACCAUUUGGAACCAGUCAACGACCCACACCGCAAUCUUCCAACAGUGGACUUGGAAGCAGAAACCAGUUUGGAGAGCGUCCUCGGUUCCAAUCCUCCAAUCCAAUGUUUGGAGGAAGCCGACCAUUGGAAACCGAUCGUCCAUCCACGUCGGGACAUCGCCAACGGCCAACGACUCAACCCCAACUGGAAGACGAUGUGUUUGAUGAGGAGAAAGAACGAUGGAAACCGUAA